CUGUGUAUAUACGAAUAAGAAGAAGCGCAAGAGAGCUGACAGCUGUCAACGAGCUUUUCCUUUCUUUCCGGUCUCUGCUCCAUAGAAGACGCAAACAUGUUCAUGCCAAAGGCUCAUCGUGUCGCCAUUUAUGAGUACCUCUUCAAAGAGGGCGUCAUUGUGGCCAAAAAGGAUUUCCAUGCACAGAAGCACCCUGAACUGGAGUCGAUCCCCAAUCUACAUGUCAUCAAGGCACUGCAGUCUCUGCACUCUCGCGGUCUCGUGAAGGAGCAGUUCGCCUGGAGACACUACUACUGGUAUCUGACCAACGAGGGCAUUGAGGAGCUCCGCGCCUACCUGCAUUUGCCACCCGAGAUUGUGCCCUCUACCCUGAAGCGCCCAGCUCGUUCGGAGCCUCUGCGCCCACGCCCAGCGGCUGGUGGUGCACGCGGCGGUGCCGAUGCCUCCAAGACCGGCGAAGAUCGUUCGGCCUACAGACGCGCACCCGGCGGCACCGGUGGCGACAAGAAGGGAGAAGUUGGACCCGGAACUGGCGAGGUUGAGUUCCGUGGCGGUUUUGGCCGUGGCUCGCGCAACUAAGCGCAUCACAAUGUUUUUUUUAUAAGUUAAAAUACUUGAAAACAAAAUGCCCAAAACUAUAAAACUGAAUUGUGUGCAUGUUUUGUAAUAUGAGCAGAAGAUUUGCAGCAAUGCAACAAGACAAAUUAUAGAACAAGCGUAAAGUGAAACAAAUCUA